AUGUCGACAACAGGAUUAUCAUUUGAUUUUGAUACAAAUGACAAUAGUUUAGAAGAUGGAAUCUACGAUAACUCUGAUCUCGAUGACAACGAUGAUUACAACUCAGAUGAUAAUGAUGAUUGCAACUCAGAUGGCAACGAUGAUUACAACUCAGAUGAUAAUGAUGAUUGCAACUCAGAUGACAACGAUGAUUACAACUCAGAUGAUAAUGAUGAUUGCAACUCAGAUGACAACGAUGAUUACAACUCAGAUGAUAAUGAUGAUUACAACUCAGAUGAUAAUGAUGAUUGCAACUCAGUUGAUAAUGAUGAUUGCAACUCAGAUGACAACGGUGAUUAUAACUCCAAUGAGAAUGAAGACUCUAAUGAUUUCACAUCCUAUGAUAGCGAUGCUUUCAAUGAUUACAACUUCAAUGAGGAUGAAUAUUCCAAUAGUUUCGACUUCGACGAGGACGACAAUUCUUAUUCUAGAGUAAAUAGAGAAAUCAAAGCAUUCCAUUUAGCUAGACAUAGCAUACUUAAUGGCUCAACAAACUCCAAGUCGUCUGCUCCAUUUCUUAGUGAUUCACUUAAAAUCUAUUUGAACACACCGUCACUUAUUCGAGAAAUUCGAAACACGGGGACAUACUGUUUAGUGAUUGAUCCAGUUGCUGAUGAAUCUGAACGUAUGCCUUUAUCAAGUCCUCAGGUGUAUGUAGGCAAAAUACCAAAUUCUGCAAAAUGGUAUGAUUUAAAAAAUUGGUUUAUUGAACGUGGUUGUAACCGACCUCCAACAAUAUUAGAAACAACAGGCAAUGAUUCUUCAAUCCCUGAAAGUUCUGAAGAAAAGCGUCUACCUGGCUUUGAGUUAAUUGGCCAUGCUAAUGUGUGGCUCUUUAAACUAGCUCCAGAUGAAGCGGAUGAUAAUAUCAAAAAGCUAUUCGAUUUACUACAUGAUAACAAUUUAUCACCAGGAAAUCUAUUCAAAUCUGACAUCAUUCGUUCGAUUAAAAAUAUUGAUUUUGCCAAGAAAAACUUUGAACCCAUGACGUUAAUAUCAAAUGACAAAUGGAUAUUAGAAAAUCAAGCUAAAAUAGAUAAGUUUUUUAAUCAUCAAUGGUCAUUGUAUCCUUUUGAAACGAAAUUCGAAGUCAUGAAACUUAUUUCGAAACAUAUCAUCACAGUUCAUGAUUUGAUUGUCGAUGAACAAGUUGAACAUAUUCUGCAGUUAUGUUCAAUUGAUACAUUAGUUGCUCUUACUGAUAAGAUUUUCGAGUUUGCUCUGCUGUGGUGUGCUAAAACGUUUGAUAAUGAAGAUGAAGAUAGAAGUAAUGAAAAUGAAUCUGAAGAAAAUCAAUUGUCAAUCAAUAUAGACGAUCUUUCGAUCGUAGAUGACGAUUCUUUCAUUUCUAAAAACAUUCGACUUGCUGCUACUGGAGGUGUCAUCAAUGCUGAAACAGCAUCAAAUAUGACAACUGUGACAUGGCUGGGACCGAAAAAAACAAAAAAUGGCAUUAUUCUAACUAAACUUGAAUUACGUACAGCGAAGAAUGAUUCGCUUUUAACGCGAAAGAUAUAUAUAACACCCUCAAGCAUUCUUUACGAAGGUCCUUAUUGUGAAGAAAAGUGUGUUGUUACGCGUCAGUAUGUUCAGUAUCAAGAUCGAUUUCUUCGCGUGGCUUUUCGUGAUGAGGAUUAUCGUGCAUUACAUAAUUACAACGACAAUAUGGCGAAGAUGUACGAACGCAUUAAAAAAAUUUUGAAAAACGGAAUCAACAUAUGUGAUCGAAACUAUCAAUUUUUAGCUUUUUCAAGUUCACAAUUACGCGAACAUUCCUGUUGGAUGUUUGCUUCACCAGACGAUCGUACUACAGUCGAUACUAUUCGUGAAUGGAUCGGUGAUUUUCGGAAUGUUCAUCCUGUAGCUAAAUUAGCUGCUCGACAAUCAUUUUCCACCAGUAUGAAAGGUAUCCAGUUGGAAAAUCAUCGAAUAAAUGAAAUACCAGAUGAGAAAAGAUGCACAAUAGAUGCAAACGGUAGCCAUGAAUAUUGUUUCACAGAUGGUAUUGGCAUUAUUUCUCUUCCAUUCGCCAAAAGACUAGCUAAAGCCAUGAAAUUACCUGAACAAGUUUAUCCAUGUGCAUUUCAAGUUCGUUGUGGUGGUUAUAAAGAAGCAUUAGAAGGUGGUUAUCUUGACGCAUGUGACGCACUAAAAAAGCUGAAUAACUUCGAUGAAAAUGGAUACCACAGAUUUUUAAUUACAUAUUUAAAACAUUUACAUGAACAACGAGAUCCAUUUGUUCGACAACUUACUCGUGUUAUUCGAACUUUUCUUGUUAAAGAAUUACGAAGAAAAGCAAAGAUUUUUGUACCAAAUUCGUGGUCUUUACUCGGAGUAGUAGAUGAAACCCGAACACUAAACUAUGGCCAAGUUUUUAUUCAAAUCGAUUCUGGUAAUAAACAAACCGAUGAGUCAACAGAAAUUUUUCGAGGCCCUGUAGUAGUAACAAGAAACCCAUGCUUUCACCCAGGUGAUUUUCGAAGACUGACAGCAGUCGAUGUACCUGCUUUGCACAAAUUAAAAAAUGUUAUUGUUUUUCCGAUGAAUGGACCUCGCCCACAUCCUGCAGAAAUGUCUGGCGGUGACCUUGAUGGCGAUACAUUCUGGAUAAGUCGUCAUCCAGAUUUAAUAUUUAAAGAAAACGAAGAUCCAUUUGAUUAUCAAGAUCAAGAUGAUGAAGCUAUUAUAAUACAAACAACCAAUGAUAUUCAACACACAAUUGAAGAUGUAUGUAAUUUUUUUGGUGAAUACAUUGCAGCUGAUAAUCUUGGUAUGAUUGCCAAUAGUCAUCUAGCUCUUUCGGAUCAAAUAGAAGGCGGUGCAAGAAACGAAAAAUGCCUUCAAUUAGCUAAAAUGCAUAGCGUAGCUGUAGAUUUUGCCAAAAAAGGAAUCAAUGCACCUCAUCUUACAAAAGAGCUUCGUCCUCCACAGUAUCCGCAUUUCAUGGAAAAAAACGAUAAGAUAAAAUAUCGUUCAAAAUCUAUUCUCGGUCAAUUGUAUGAUAGAACUCAAUCUUAUGAUAGCGAUAUACAUGUAAAUGAAGAAGAAGAAAUCAAGACAACAUCAUCAUUUCCCUAUAAAUCGUUUUUUAUUGUUGGUGACAAAUGCUAUAUAAAAGAUGCGCGAAUGAUAAAAUCUGAAUAUGAUCGAGACAUAUUAAGAAUUAUGCGGCAAUAUGGUAUUCAAUAUGAAGCUGAAAUUGUAUCAGGUUGUCUUCUUAAAUUCACUUCGAAACAAUAUGCAAAAGAAACAAAAACUUUUGAUUUAAGAAAUGAAAUCACACAUGCAUAUAAAAUUCUACGAGAUAAGUAA